CCGUUCGCAAUAUAUUUCUUUAGAUAGUAAAGACAUGCUUUGCUACUAAAUGAUUUGCUGCGUGCGCAAAGACUAACAAACUACCUCUACAUGAUACCGGUGGGCUGCGCGGUAUCGAAUGGGCUCCAUUGUACCGGUAGCUAGCUGCGAUAUUAGCUAGCUAGCUACGGUAACCAGCUCAUCGGUUCAUAUUUCUGUCUUGGAAGCGUGGGCCUACUUGACGGCAACAAGCUGCAGACCGUCCACCUUGGAUUGAUUUGCCUGCCAUGGUUUCCGCGCAGUUUGGCGUUACGCAGCACAUCAACAUACCAAUCAGGAGCAUCCUGCGACGGAUGUCUCUUCCAUCUUUCUGUUCGAGCCAAAAUAAAUUCGAACCGCCUCGCGUUGAUUAAAGCUUGGACGCGCAGUUGCUUGUGAGAUCUUUUGCGCUGUCCAAAUGCCUCCGACAAUCUCGCUCCGUUGCGUCGUUGCGUCUUUUGUCAACGGCUUGGCUGUCCCUGUUGAAUUGUGGGCGCAGCAUUGUUGUUAUCCUACAUGUAUUGUUGCCGUGGAGUGAGUUAAGUGUAGUCGAAGAUAUAUAAGAGAUAGCAGAGUAGAAUGAGUAACUCUCGUCGAGUGUCGUACUUUUACGAUGCCGAGAUUGGAAAUUAUCAUUAUGGUCAAGGCCACCCAAUGAAGCCACACCGCGUCCGCAUGACACACAAUUUGGUGGUGAAUUAUGGUCUCUACCGCAAGAUGGAAGUAUUUCGUCCUCGACUGUGCAGUCCGACCGCCAUGACAAGGUUUCAUUCCGACGAUUACAUUAACUUUUUACGUGUCAUUACGCCCGACAACAUGCAAGAGUACAUUCGACAACUCCAGCGAUUCAAUGUGGGAGAAGAUUGUCCCGUCUUUGAUGGAUUGUUCGAGUUUUGUCAACUCUACACAUCGGGCAGUAUUGGAGGUGCUGCCAGAUUGAAUGAAAACCGUGCUGAUAUUGUCAUUAAUUGGGCUGGUGGAUUGCAUCAUGCCAAGAAGGCUGAAGCCAGUGGUUUCUGUUAUGUCAAUGACUGUGUCUUGGCCAUUUUGGAAUUGCUCAAACGACACGAACGCGUCCUCUACAUAGACAUUGACAUUCAUCACGGCGACGGAGUCGAAGAAGCCUUUUAUGCCACCAACCGGGUCAUGACGGUGUCCUUUCACAAAUUCGGAGAGUACUUUCCCGGAACGGGCGAUGUCUUGGAUAUUGGAUAUGCGGAUGGCAAGAAUUAUGCCAUUAACUUUCCACUCAAUGACGGAAUGGAUGAUGCCGCCUAUCAAUCCAUCUUUCGACCCGUCAUUGGGAAAGUCAUGGAAUUGUUUGCACCCGGGGCCGUCGUACUGCAGUGUGGAGCCGAUUCGCUCAGUGGAGAUCGACUCGGGUGUUUCAAUCUAUCAAUCAAGGGACACGCCGAUUGUGUUGAGUUUGUUCGGACAUUCAACAUUCCCAUGCUGGUAUUGGGGGGAGGUGGGUACACACUUCGUAAUGUCCCACGAUGUUGGACCUACGAAACAUCCGUCUUGACGGGAGAAGAUGUCAAGGACGAAUUGCCGUUCAAUGAUUACUUUGAGUAUUUUGGACCCGAUUAUCGGUUGCAUUUGCCCGUCAGCAAUCUCGAAAAUCUCAAUUCGAGUGAAUACCUCGAACGCACCAAAUUGCAAUUGCUCAACAUUCUCAAAGAAGUCGAACCCGUGCCGGGCACUCAAAUUCAAACGGGACAAGUCGAAUCCCAAUUGCAUCCUCAAAUCGGUAUGCCUGUCUUAGGAGACCACAACAACGACAACAGCCACAUGGAGGAAGAUGAUCCGGACAAGCGAGCACCGGCACCGGCGGCCAUGGUGUGAAGGAAUGAUCACAGGUGAAAACAAAAAGACGACAACACUGCGGAAAAAAGAAAAUGGGGGUCGGCUAGCUAGUAUACAAAGAGAGCUGGCUGUUUACGACUCACUAGAGGGUUGCUGCAAAAGGGAUGGCCACGGUGCCAGGCACACACAGGUCUACCGUACCAUAUUUCGUCUCCAUACUACAUUAAUUUUACAACAGUACCUAUAAAGGGUACGAGACUACUGCUGGCUAGUUAUGAUUGUGCUGUUUUGAUACUACCCAGUGUUGUCAUUGCUUACCUUGCCGUCUACAAUUUCAACUGCUGUAACAGUCCUAUUGUUUCAGACAGACAGCUCGCAGGCUUUCUGUACCUGUAGGGAAGGAGCAUCGCUUCGUCGUUUCAUGGAUCCGUAGUGGUUUGGACUGCACUGCCACCAAGAAUAGAAACCAUACAAUCAGCCAUCACUCAGUCACUAACUUGUCCCUUGAGCUCGUUAAGCUUUUCCUGCGCUUUGUUUUUGUCACUGAGCUUCAUGUGCUUCCUUUUACAGCCACCAAGAGCCUCUUCAAGCCAACGGGUGGCCUCUGCUUUAUCCACAAUCAUACCAUGCCGGCCUUCUGCCAAGGCCAUUCCUAAAUGAUAUGCUGCAAAGUCAGAUCCUUGGCCUGCUGCAAUGGACAUGUACAUCACGCCCCUCUUGAUGCACUUGUCCACGCCGAGACCAUGCAGAUAGUAGUACCCUAUCGAUGCUGUUCCGCGAGCAUUUUUUGCCCCAUGAGCUCUCCUGUACCACUGAAAGGCUUCCUCGUCGUUUUCCUUGAAACCAUCAAUUCCAUAAUGAUAGUUAAGUCCUAGAUCAUACAUAGCAUCUGCAUCAC